UGCUCUCCCGGCUUUUGCAGGGAAAGGAGUGGGGCGAACAUGGCUGAAAGCAGCAGGGGCGGCCCAACGUGCCGCGGGGUGGACCCCCGGCAGGACACGGUCUCCAGCAGUGAGAACUGCAACUUUCCAGACUACGAGCUUCCAGAGCUGAACACGCGUGCUUUCCACGUGGGCGCUUUCGGGCAGCUGUGGCGUGGCCGGUUGCGCGGGGAAAGGGAUUUGUCGCUGAAGGAGCCACAGGCAUCUGCGUUGCCUGGGAGCCAAGGGGUCACCGACUGGGGCCAGGAGGAUGCUGCGGUGGCCGGGGAUCUGGGCUGCAGCCUGGAGGCAGCAGCCGAGCUGCGGACUGUGUGCGGCCUUGAUAAACUGAAGUGCCUGGAGGAGGGUGAGGAUCCCGAAGUCAUCCCGGAGAAUACUGACCUAGUGACUUUAGGGAUUAGAAAAAGGCUUCUGGAACAGCGGGAAGAAACUAUAACAAUAGACCGGGUUUGCAGACAAGAAACGUUUGCUUAUGAGAUGGAGUCACAUGCCAUAGGAAAAAAGCCUGAAAAUCCAGCAGACAUGAUUGAAGAAGGGGAGCUUAUCCUAUCUGUGAAUAUCUUAUACCCUGUUAUAUUUCAUAAGCACAAAGAACACAAGCCAUACCAGACGAUGCUGGUAUUGGGCAGUCAGAAGCUCACAGAACUGAGGGAUUCAAUUUGCUGUGUCAGUGACCUCCAGAUUGGUGGGGAAUUCAGCAACACUCCAGAUCAAGCUCCUGAGCACAUAAGCAAAGACCUGUACAAAUCAGCCUUCUUUUAUUUCGAAGGGACAUUUUACAAUGAUAAAAGAUACCCGGAGUGCAGAGAUCUAAGCAGAACUAUCAUUGAAUGGUCAGAGUCCCAUGACAGAGGCUAUGGAAAAUUUCAGACUGCCAAAAUGGAAGAUUUCACCUUCAAUGACCUGUUUAUUAAACUGGGUUUUCCUUACUUAUAUUGUCACCAGGGAGACUGUGAACAUGUUAUUGUCAUCACUGACAUAAGGCUCGCACAUUGUGAUGACUGCUUGGACAGGACACUUUAUCCCCUUCUUAUCAAGAAGCAUUGGCUGUGGACUAGAAAAUGUUUUGUUUGUAAAACGUACACAGCCAGAUGGGUAACGAACAAUGACAGUUUUGCACCAGAGGACCCAUGUUUCUUUUGUGAUGUUUGCUUUCGGAUGCUCCACUAUGAUUCAGAAGGCAACAAACUAGGAGAAUUCCUUGCUUAUCCUUACGUUGAUCCUGGAACCUUUAAUUAAUAACAACAAAAAAUGUACCUGUGAAGUAACUGUCCUCUUGGAUGGUUACUUUAUUUCCAGAAGGUGCCACUGAAGAACAGGACCCACCUGAAAUAGUCAGCUAGUUACCCACAUGCCAGCAAAAGUUCACAUCACAGGUUUUUUUUUUUUUUUUUUUUUUUUAAAUCACAGUUUUUCUUAUAAAGUAACUUCUGUUUAGAAAUAUAUUCUUUUAGUGUUCAUUUCAAAAUAAGGUUUUUAUUUGAUGUGUUUGCCCA